CCAGCGUAAAUCGCAUCAAGCGCUGCUCGUUUGUCUUCGUUCGGCUUUAAUUAAUUAAAAUAUCGCUCCCUUCAAAUAUUUAUUUAUAAAUUUUGUAAGAGCAAUUGUAAUAUAUUGUCGCUUUAUUGUGUGCAAAAAUAUUUUUUUUUAGUCAUUGGAAUUGCGCUCUUGUGCGAGUGUGCGUGGGUGCGUAAACAUGGGAAUGGCUCGACGAAAAGAGGAAGCAUAAAAGAGAAUAUUUUGUGUGCAAGUGGAUGGAAAAGAAAAAUUUCCUAGUUAAUAGUGCAAAACUAAAUAAAUCAUUCAACGUGGUGUACAUCAAAUAUAGCCAGGUGUGUUUAAAUAUAUGCAAUUGCAGAGUUUAUAUAUACAAUUACAUACUUUAAUUGUGAUACGCGGCAAACGAGUAGCAUCGCGGUAGUGAGUAGCAUCGCGUCAUUGCUGUACUAAAACUAAAAAUUGCCGUAUUCGUAUUCCGCCAUUUUGAAAGCUGCGAGUCGAAAGUGGAAUUUGGACGCGUUGCUGGAUUCUCGAUUUCAAUAUGAAGCGCCAAAAAUGAUUGCAAUGUGUGCAUCGUCGUCUUGAAAAGGUUUUGUUUCCGUUGAUUAAAAUUAAAGCAACUGCAACACGCAACGCAACGAAGAAACAAUUGCGGCACAAAACAGAACAGAACAGAACAAAACAAAUCACAAUAAAUACCAACAACCAACAUAUAUAAGUAGAAAUUAAAUCAAAUAUUAAUUUCAUAAACAAACAAAGGAGCAACAAAAUUAAAGCGCGCUGUUAAAUCAACAAAAUAUCGAACAAAAGGUAAAAAAUGGAUAAAAAUCUUAUGAUGCCGAAGCGUUCGCGCAUUGAUGUUAAAGGCAGCUUUGCCAAUGGUCCGCUGCAGGCGCGACCGCUGGUUGCGCUACUGGAUGGACGCGACUGUUCAAUUGAGAUGCCCAUACUGAAGGAUGUGGCUACAGUGGCCUUCUGCGAUGCACAGAGCACAUCCGAAAUACAUGAGAAGGUGCUGAAUGAAGCCGUUGGCGCCUUGAUGUGGCACACUAUCAUCUUGACCAAGGAGGAUCUUGAGAAAUUCAAAGCUUUACGCAUCAUUGUGCGCAUUGGCAGCGGCACAGAUAACAUUGAUGUGAAAGCCGCUGGCGAAUUGGGCAUCGCAGUCUGCAAUGUGCCCGGCUACGGGGUCGAGGAGGUGGCAGACACAACAAUGUGCUUGAUAUUGAACCUAUACCGGCGCACAUAUUGGCUGGCGAAUAUGGUGCGCGAGGGCAAAAAGUUUACGGGCCCCGAACAAGUGCGAGAGGCAGCUCAUGGUUGCGCACGCAUUCGUGGCGAUACCUUAGGAUUAGUUGGACUGGGUCGCAUUGGCAGCGCUGUUGCGUUGAGAGCAAAAGCAUUUGGCUUUAAUGUUAUAUUCUACGAUCCCUACCUACCCGAUGGCAUUGACAAAUCUCUCGGCCUCACACGCGUCUAUACGCUGCAGGAUCUGCUUUUUCAGUCCGACUGCGUCUCACUGCAUUGUACGCUCAACGAGCACAAUCAUCAUUUAAUCAAUGAAUUCACAAUUAAACAGAUGCGACCUGGUGCAUUUCUGGUGAACACCGCCCGCGGCGGAUUGGUCGAUGACGAGACUUUGGCGCUGGCACUGAAACAGGGUCGGAUAAGAGCAGCCGCAUUGGACGUGCACGAGAACGAACCAUACAAUGUAUUUGAAGGCGCACUGAAAGAUGCUCCAAAUCUGAUUUGUACACCACACGCCGCCUUCUUUAGCGAUGCAUCCGCAACGGAGCUGCGCGAAAUGGCAGCCACCGAAAUACGACGAGCGAUUGUCGGAAAUAUUCCAGAAGUGCUGAGGAAUUGCGUUAACAAGGAGUACUUCAUGCGCACGCCGCCAACCACUGCGGCCGGUGGCGUUGCGGCGGCUGUUUAUCCCGAAGGUAAACUACAAAUGAUAUCAAAUCAAGAAAAGUAGUGCGAGGCUGAAACAGAUGCCAGGGAGAGAGCGUUACAAACAACAUAACAAACAAAAAAAGAAAUACAAAAAAACAAAACCAGAAACAGUAACAGAAAUCGUUUAAAUACAAUCAUAAACACACAACACUCAUAAGCAAACAAAAAAACACCAUAAACACACACACACACACUCAUACAGAGACAUACACAUUUAUGCAGCAAGCGUCUACAUACAUAAUUCUAUUUCUUCUGGUUCAUUUCAAAGCACACAUACAUAUAAAUACAUAUAUAUAUAUAUAAAGAGAAAGAUAAAGUCGCGUUGAAUGAAGAUUUCAAGAACGCGUGCUAUAAACGUUGAUAUAUAAGUUAAUCAGUUUAAGCUAUAUAUAUAUCUAUACAUAUAUAUAGACAUAUAUAUUUAUAUAUGUACGUAUAUAGAUAUGUAUUUAGUAGCGGUUUAGGGCCGCAUUACGAACAUAAAUAGAAGGAUGUUGAGGAGGAGGUUUAGAGCGCGACCGAUGAUUAUACAUACAAAUGUGUGUACCAAUCGAUAUAUGCACAGUAAGCAAGCUAGAUAAACUACAAACGCCGAGCAAAGUAAUAAAACAUAAAUGUAUGUUGGUCUUGAAUUUAAUGCAUGCACAGCCACAGUUGGGUCUUAAUCACAAAUGCGACAGGGUCUUAGUUUUCUUUGUUUAAAAUUUUUUUUUUUUUUUGUUCUUUGUAUUCCCAAUUUUUUUCUUUAAUUAUGUGUUUAUUGAAAGAAAUAGAUUCCAUGGGGACUAGAAUCACUAAUUUAUUUAUUGUAAAAGUCGUUUGUCCACCACAUAAAAACUUCUGGUCCAGACUCCCAAAUGUUGUUGUCAGCGUUUGUAACUAGCUUAAAACUGUAAUUUCAUUUGUAGAAUGUACAGAAAUAAAUAUAUAUAAUAUAUAUAUAUAUGCGUAUUGCGUAUGUAGAUAUGUAUGUAUGUAUGUAUAUAUGUUUGCAUAUGUAUACAUAAUUCAUAAUUAUUUACAGCAAAAAGGUGAAAGUAAACAAUUUGAUAGAUUGUUGUUAAAUGUUUUGAGACCCCUGCCCACAAUAAAUACUUAAUCUAACUAACGACUUAACUCAACCGAAUAAUUAUUACGAAACCAUUGUAUGAGAAUUUGUUGUUCAAGCACAUAUUUAUAUAUCGUAUUAUUCUUUGUAAUAUUUUUAAUACUAACCAGCAAAAAGUUUAUAUAUCCCAAUUUUGUAGUUUACACAAAGCAAUCAAAACGUAUUAUUUUUAAGAAUCGAUCGCAAAAUCGCCAUAAAUUACUGACUUUCUUUCUUUAAAAUAUGCAACACAAACGAAAAAUUGCAAUAAAAAAGAAAUAUGAAAAGAAACAAAAAACAGAACUUUUGUAAAAAUUGUGCGAUUUACCAACUUUUUUUUGUUGUUUGAUGCUCAAUACAUUUGCUCUAUAAUGCAUAAUGAUCUCAUCAUCCGUGUUUAUUUUCGCCUUGCGUAAAGAUCUUUACCAUGCUGAGACCACAAAAAUAAAAAUUAAUUAAAAACGUACACACAACUAUACAAACAAGCAAAUUAAAAACAACAACACGGCGCGUGAAAGUAAACCACAUCUAUAAAUAAAUAUAAUAAUAAUAAUAAUACAAACAAAAAACAAAAA